AUGUCUAGGGAAUUCGAUCUGGUCCUUCACGGCCCAACGGGCUACACGGGCAAAUUAACCGCCCAGCAUAUUGUCAAACAUUUCCCCACGAACGUCAAGUGGGCCUUGGCUGGCCGUUCGCUCUCCAAGGUUGAGCAAAUCGCCCGGGAGCUGAAGGAGCUCAAUCCGGAUCGCGACGAGCCGGCGGUGUUGGCUGUCCAGCUCAACGGCCCGGAGCUGCAGGCGCUGGCCCAGCGAACGCGACUCAUCAUCAACGCUGUGGGUCCUUAUCAUCUGUACUCGACUCCCGUGGUGGAGGCAUGCGCCAGCAGUGGAACGCACUACGUGGAUGUAACGGGAGAAACCCCAUGGGUGAAGAGCAUCAUUGAAAAGUACCACGAUACCGCCAAAUCGAAUGGUGCUAUUAUCAUCCCGUCCGUCGGGGUGGAAAGCGCCCCAGCCGACAUGCUGGCCUGGAGCGUGGUCAAGCGCGUGCGCGAGGAGCUCUCCUGUCAUACCCGGGAUGUGAUCUGCGCCAUUGAAGAGCUGAAAAGCUCCGGCGCAAGCGGCGGCACCCUCAGCACAAUCCUCACCUCCCUCGACACAACCUCCCUAUCCGACAUGUCCAAAGCCAUGAACCCCUUCGCCCUCGUCGCCGCAACACCCCCCAAGGACAUCACGCGGACCCCCCUCACCAGCAAGCUUUUCGGCGUGCGCUCCGUCCCCGACAUGGGCACCCUGACGACCUCCCCAACGGGCAUCACCGACGCGGCGAUCGUCCACCGCAGCAGCACGCUCAUGCCCGAGUUCUACGGCCCCCGCUUCCACUUCCAGCAGUACCUGCGCGUGCGCAACGCCCUCGUCGCCGUCUUCGUCCACGUCGCGCUCUGCAUCGCCCUCCUGCUCCUGCUGCUCCCGCCCGUCCGCUGGCUGCUGAAGCGGCUCGUCUACGCCCCGGGCAGCGGGCCGACCAUGGAAGACUCGCUCAACGACCGCGUCGAGUACCGCGCCGUCGCCACGGCCGACCAGCCCGCGCGGCGUCCGGCCCGCGUCCUCGGCAAGAUGAAGUACGAGGGCCCGCUGUACGUGUUCACCGCCGUGCUGGUCGCCGAGGCGGCCAUGACCAUCCUGCAGAAUGAGGACAAGGUGCGGCGUGUGUCGCGGGGGGGGAUCGUCACGCCUGCGUCGCUGGGUCAGGAGUAUAUUGAUCGGUUGGAGGUGGCGGGGUGUCGGUUUGAGACACAGGUGUUUGAGUCGUGAUUUAUUGAUUUCCUGAUUUCUUCUAUUUCCCCUUCCCCGCUUAUUCUAUGCUGUUUUGUUUGCUUGUUCUAUUAAUUUGAUUUUUGAGGUCCUGUUGGAAAUGAGAUACGUGUCUGUACGACCUAGUUUAUUGAACCACGCAUUCUACCAUUCUGAUCU